AUGGCUGCUGGCGAUCUUAUCGAUUUCGACAUCAUCGAAGGGCAAAAGGAGAAUAUUCAGUCCUUGCCCGGAGGACGAUCGGCGAAGAAGCUUGUCGAAGCCUUCUCUUCGUCUCCCCUACACAAACUCUCGACGCCCACACCGACAGAUACCAAGAAUAUCAACGACUGUAUCAGAGCCGAGUACGAGGAAGAGAUUGCAAAUAUUUCCGAGUCUGACGAUCCCUUAGACGUGUUUGACCGAUACGUGCGAUGGACAUUUGAUGCGUACCCCUCUGCGCAAGCCACACCCCAAUCGCAAUUACACACCCUACUUGAGCGUGCCACCAAGUCUUUCAUUGGUUCGGCGCAAUACAAGAACGACCCCAGAUAUCUAAAGUUGUGGCUUCUCUAUAUUAAAUUCUUCUCCGACUCUCCUCGAGAGACUUACGUCUUCCUAUCACGCCAUACCAUCGGCGAAACCUUGGCUCUGUUCUAUGAGGAGUACGCUGCUUGGCUAGAAAGCGCUGGCCGUUGGUCACAGGCCGAGGAGGUAUACAAAUUAGGCAUUGAGCGCGAGGCCAGACCGGUACAGAGACUAGUUCGUAAAUUCGGUGAAUUUGAACAGAGGAGGGCACAAGAUCCCGCUGCAGCGGACGCCCCGUCAUCACCAGCGUUACCAACAGUUCGGCCAGCACUGAUGGCUAAGGUCGACCCCUAUGCCGCCUUGGCACGAGCUCCAGCCCCAGAUCCCCAGGCCCCAAGACCAAAUAUGGGACUCGGAGGGCAAUCCUCAAAGCCUGGGAAGGCUAAACUAGCGGUUUUUUCAGAUGCUGGUUCCGAAGCAAGCCCAAUGUCAAAGAUGGGCGAAAGUUCGAAGGGUUGGGAUACGAUAGGAUCAUUAGCGGAUCGUAAGAAGGAGAAUAUGGUGGAGGCAAAGCCUUGGGUGGGAGAGACGUUGACUACGCAAGUGAAGAAGAGUAGCGGGCCAAAGAUGGCUGUAUUCCGCGAUCCUUCUAUGUCGAGAAUAGCAGAGUCUCAUAUUGUCAUUGCCCCAUCAAAGCACCAAGUGAUUGUCAAUCCCCAAAGUGGGAAAAGAGAGCGCGUUUAUGUUAACCUCGAGGCUAUCUACCCAACCCCUGAGGAGCCUGGUACUGAACUCAGCUUCGAAGAAUUAUGGGCUGCGAAUCAAGGUUGGCUUGAUGUAUGCUGGGAUGACGACAACAUCGUAGAGGAGCAAGAGGAAUUAACACCUCGAAAGCCAGAAAUCGAUUUACUAGGCCACAGAAUGGCAGAGAAAUUGAUCAUUCACCAUGAUGCUGUAGAGCUCGAUGAAAAUGGAGCAAUUAAAGAUCAGGCCAGGCCUGUAAAAAGUAAGAAGAAGAAGAUGUUGGAAGUCAACGAAACCCAAAUUAUCAAAGCAAAGUUGGAUUCACCGUCGGGACCAAAAAUUAAAAAGAAGAGCAACUCUUAUUCUUCAGAACCAACAAUGACGAUGCACACCAAGGCUGCGACUAACGAGAUCUACGAUCUCUUCAAUGCUCCUCUUAAGCCCACUAAAGAGGAAAAUGAAGAGAGCGGCGAUGAAGAUUAUCUAACAGAUGGCGACUACACUAGCGGUGGAGAAAGCGCCAAUACAACCAGACAAAUCUCGACAAGUGAAGCUGGCGAUGAUGAUGAGACCUCCGAUGUCAAGAGUGUGAGCGAGUGGUCGGACUUCACGGCCCAAAAACACGUCCCAAGAAUCGAAGGUGACGGUAACGAUGAACAGGAGGAUGGAGAACAAGGUGACUCUGUGUUGUCUGAUCUGAUCGAUACAAAGGAUGACGAUGAUGAAGAAUCCGAAGAUUCACCUCCGAGAACUCGAUUCAUCCCCAUUCCGCCUGAAGAUUAUGAAGCACCUACGCGACCAUAUAGGGACCCGGCCGAGGUGGCUAACAAUCGCCUCCCGUUCAUGACACCUAUCACGGAACGUACAGAAUCCUCUCUCGGUCUCAUCACCGCGGCUAAAUCUAUCACCAACAAGGUUCUUAGUAAGAGGGAUAGUCGCGACGACUUGACUGAAGAGGAAGAAGAUGAAGAUGACGAAGAUUUCGGACCGCUGAGUAGCCCUCUACGCGAAGUCCUGAACGAGAAUCGUUCUCCAUUGAAGAUCGCACAGCCUCUCCUGAAGAAGCUGAAAGCUGCCACUCCGCCCAGUCAACAGAAGGCGAAAGAGAUACAGAAGGGACCAAUUAUUAAGGAGCUGCGAUGCAAUCCUGUCGACAAGGCUGUUCGAGAAGAGAUCCUCGAACGUAUGCAUGCUCCGCUUACCUCGUAUCCGGGUUUUUACGAUCAUCGCAGCGAGAGAUGCGACAAAGGUGCCGAGGUUCGCAAAUUCGCCAAAGCCAUGGCGAAGGCAGGAGGCAAGAAAGAUGGUGACAAGACAGGCACUAUUCACUCUCUCCCUGUACUCGAGUUCCCUGAGAUUAUAGGCGAAUACACCAUCAAGCGAGAACUAGGCGCAGGCGCGUUUGCCCCUGUCUACCUUAUCGAGAACUCGUCUCCAGAUGACGACGAUGCCGAUGAAAACACACCACAGGUUGCCAUGGGAAAGGGCGCAUUCGCAACAUCUAGCCGCCACACCCUCGAAGCCUUGAAAAUGGAACAGCCGCCUACGGCCUGGGAGUUCCACAUGAUGCGCCUCGCUGCCACACGUCUAGGCCCGCAGCACCGCGCAACGGCCUCUAUCUCAGCGGCUCACGAACUACACCUGUAUCAAGACGAAGGUUUCCUAAUCCUUCCCCUGCACCCCCACGGUACCCUGCUAGACGUCGUCAACUUCUUUAGCGAAGCCAACAAGGCGCCCAUGGAUGAGUCGCUCGCUAUGUUCUUCAGCAUCGAGCUGCUGCGCACGGUCGAGGCCCUGCACGCGAAGCAGAUCCUACACGGCGAUCUCAAGCCAGACAAUUGCCUCCUCCGCCUCGACGACCCCACCUCCGCGUUGGCCAGUCAAUGGCGGGCCGACGGCUCAGGCGGUUGGUCUGCUCGCGGCGUUGUACUCAUUGAUUUCGGCCGCGGCAUCGACAUGCGCGCCUUCGACCCGGACGUCCAGUUCGUCGCGGACUGGAAAACCGAUCUUCACGACUGUGCUGAGGUCCGUGAGGGCCGCCCCUGGACUUGGCAGCUUGAUUACCAUGGUCUCGCUGGUACUAUUCACACGCUCCUCUUCGGGAAGUACAUCGAGACGGCGCGCGCCGAUCAGGGUGGACUCGGCACUUCGGCGGGUAGACGCUACAAGAUUCGCGAGAGUCUGAAGCGUUACUGGCAGACGGAGAUUUGGGCCGAGUGCUUUGAUGUCUUGUUGAAUCCAGGCAGCCAUGUUGAGGCUGAGGAGGGUCGCCGGAUGCCGGUGAAUCGCAGCUUGAGACGCGUGAGGGAGCGCAUGGAGGGCUGGUUGGAGGUUAAUUGUGAGAAGGGCGUUGGGGUUAGGGGAUUGAUGGCUAGGGUUGAGGGGAUGGCGAAGGCGAGACGACAUUGA